UUUGCUGUAAAUUCAUGUACUGUGCCUUGCUAACACAAUGCUACCCAUUGAGCUACAUGAAUUUGGAUCAAAUCAUGGAUCAAAUGUUUAUUUUGUUCCUCGUGGUCUGACAAAUGCUUCCAUUGUAUAUGCUGAGUUUAUUAUGUAACCCUAAACCACAAUAAAUUAUAACUCAACAUCUAUGUAUCUGAAAAAACAAACAUCUGCUUAUUUCCAUAAAAAGAAAAAAAUCCUGAUUGGGACCCUGCAGGUAUCAGUGUCUUUCCUCCCCAUGUGGGUGAUGGAAUGUUAGAAUGGCCAUCUAUCCCGCCACCCUCAAUAAUGGAUGAGACGCAGCUAUCGUCAUGACAUCCUAAACCUUGUCUUUCUACUCUACUCUGCAGUAUUCCUGUGGGUGCUGAAGGUGGUGAAUAAUUCAAGCCAAAUCAGUUUAGAGAGUCUCAGUUGCCUCUUUCUCUCACUGAAGCUCUUACCACCUGUGGAGUCUGGCCAUCAGAGAGGACAGUGCGCGUCUUACAUUUAUUGGAUAUUUUCUUCGUUCUUUGAUUGUAAAGACAGUGGUUGUGUUUUUUUACAUCUUGGUCAAAGUUUUGGACGCCUAAGAGUCAUGGUAUCAUGGUCCACAGAGUUUUAGGGGUGCCUGAGAUCUGCUUUAUCGUUUUAUUUUUACCCCUUCUUCUCGAAGGUGUGGAGAUUCUGGACCCAGGGGAGGUGGUAUACCAUGAGACCAGGACAGAUGGCGUGGUGGGAAGUGGAGUGAUACUGGAGUGUGGCCCCAUUUUGCCUGAUGUCUAUAUCUGGGGCUUCACCGAACCCGGCACAGACACCAUCCGUGCUGUGGUGUAUAACUUUGGGAAGGGUCCCAAGCUGCAGAAAUUAGCCAAAGACUUGGGUGAUCUGACAGUCAUCAGCAACACUGCCUCUCUGUCUAUAGAGAAGCUUCCUCUAGCUGCAGAAGGCGUCUACACCUGCCAGGCACUAUAUGAUACUACUGAGGGAGCCAAGCUCUAUUACUACUAUGUGUAUCUGCGUGUUCUAGUGCCAGUGACCAAACCUUACAUUGUGAUGAGCGACUCCUCACCAAUAGAGGGCACAGAAGUGACUAUGCGCUGUGGACUGGAAAAUGGAACAGGGCCUAUUAAUUACAUAUGGGAACAGGAGAGCCGGGAAGGACAGUUCACCACAGUGGCAGAGAUCAAUGACAACAACCUGUUGAAUGUCACCGAGGUCACACGCAAUCACACAGGCUGGUACAGGUGUGUUGCCACCAACAAGGUCAAUGGACAGCGCAGUGAUCGAAUCUGGCUUGACAUCAUAUUCGGUCCAGACCUUCCACAAAUCGAUGUCACCCCUUACUCAGUGACCGAGCGAGGUUACUCAGCCCUGGAACGAGAGACCGUUUCCCUCCUGUGUCAAGCUUCUUCAAAUCCCCCCAGCCAAUACGUCUGGUUCUACAACAACUCGCAGGUUAACACGGGUCCACAGUUCACCAUCACCAGGAUUCUGCGCAUGCACACGGGCCACUACGCAUGCCUGGCUCAGAACACUUACCUCAACACCCGAUCCAAGAAAACCAUCACCCUCACCGUCUACUAUCCUCCAGAUGGCGCUCCAUCUUGCGCUGUAUUACCAGCCAACAACUACUCUGACCUGGCUCUCAGCUGCACCUGGGAGGGCGGCAUCCCCGCGGCCUCCUUGAGAUGGACCCCGUAUGUGUUCGGAGAUGAGAGCGAGGGAAUCACAAACAUCACCAAAAUCCAGAAUGGCCCAGAUACGGCGAACAACUCGGUGUUCCUCUGCCAAGGCUCCCACAUCGCGCUGGACGACAUCACGAGCUGCAGUGCCAGAGCAUGGAUGCCCUACGGAGAGCCCAAGUGUUCUGCCUACGCCACUCGAAACAAUGAGUACCUUAUGCUUUCCUGCUCCUGGGAGGGUGGGUUCCCUCGGGCAUUGUUGUGGUGGGCUUCUAGCUCGGGGGAUAUGCAAGGCACGUCUGAAGAGAAUGCCAACAUCCUGGUUCUGCGGUCCAGUGCUACCUACAGCGGCAAAGCCUUCGUAUGCUAUGCAAAACAUCCAUUAGCUAAGGAGACCAAACAGUGCGUAUUAAAGCUGGAGGCACCUGUAUUAAUAACACAACGCAGCGUGAUGUCUGUCUAUGAAGGCAGUGAUGUCCAGCUCACCUGUAUUUUAAGUAAAAACUACCCUAUCACAGAGAUCACCUGGUACAAUAACCAGAAACAGCAUGUGAAUAACAUACCAAAGAAGUACGUCCUGGAGCAAGCUGCUGCCUGGACCAAUUUGACGGUGAGGGAAACUGACAGCGAGACAGACAGCGGGCAGUACUGGUGUUCGGCUACCAAUGCUGUUGGAGGGUCAGAGAUUCCGAUUACCCUGAUGGUGAAGAGAUACCCAAUGCCCCCCAAUAUAUCCAUUAGCAAGAUCAUUUACAACAGUCGUCAAAAGACAGAUGUUGAUCUAGAGUGGAUGCUUCAGAAUGAUGGUGAACUUACUGGGUUCUUCAUCGAGCGUCAACGCCUUCCCGAUCCAGUGAAGAAGAGAAGCAGUGACCCUCUUUGGAAGAAGCUAAUUGAAAUGGACAGUGAUUCCCGAAGUUACCAAAUCAACAACCUGGACCCCACUGGAACCUAUGCAUUCCGCAUUACUGCCGUCAACCGCCGCACCAUUGGAAAUCCGUCUGAUAUUAAGACACCAGCGGACCCUCCUUUCAAUGCCUACCCAGCUGUGAUUGGGGCAGCCAUCGGGGGCAUGCUCAUAGCAACAAUAGCCACUGUACUGCUCUUUAUAUUUGUGGUGAGGAACCGCAACAAUAACCCACGGCUUCACGACUUGAUAUUUGGAAGGCAAAACAGCCAGUCUAGAGAAAACAUUAACUUUCCUGAGGAUGAAGUUGUUGGAGGAUCAGAGGGGGAGAGAGGUGCAGGAGAGCAAAGCUCAUCGACAGGUCAAGGACCAUCAAUGGCACUGCCAAGGCCAACUGCAACACCCACAAACCUCCCCCCAGGCGAAGAGCCUGUUAAUGUAACUAUAACUGUCAUGGCCUCAAGCUAGAGACAGACACUAGCAGGAUAACUUGGUUUUUAUACAACUUAUAAAAUGUAAUUAAUUAGCAAAGGUUUGUUCUCCUCAUAAUAGCUUCUGCUAAUUCAGUAAACUGUGUGCAAAAUAGUAUUUGCAUUUACCUUCAAUUGUCUCUUUUUAGUCAAUUAAACAGAUAUUAAUCCACAAGUUAAUAACAUGGGUUAAAGUGGAAAAAUAUUCUUUGUAAGAAAAGUUUCUGAAUGCUGUACUUUUAAUAAA